CUCACUUUCAAUCUUCUCAGUCUUUGUUGACUUUGGAAACAAGAAAAAAAUAGAAGAUACUAUCAUCAUUCCAACACGACCAAGUCAUUUGUUAGACUCAUUCUUCCAUAUUUUCUUUUCACAUUCCUCACCCAUCAAUCACAUACUAAUAUACUAAUAUCUUACUUCUCUGACAACAUUUUCAUCUUUGAAACCAAACUAUCAACAACAGUAACAACAUGAAGAAAAAACCACUCUUCUCACUUUCUCUCAUCAUCAUCUUUUUAUCUUUUCACACAUACCCUUCACUUUCUGCUCUAACCAUCAUUUCAUCAAAUCAAUCUCUUUCUGGUGAUCAAACACUUGUCUCCAAAGAUGAAAAAUUUGAAUUGGGUUUCUUCAAUAAAGGUAAUUCUUCUAAAUUUUACAUUGGCAUGUGGUACAAAAAGAUAUCUAUAAAGACAUAUGUUUGGGUAGCAAAUAGAGAUCAUCCAGUUUCUGAUAAAAAUUCUUCUAAGUUAACUAUAUCUAAUGGUAAUUUAGUUCUCUUAGAUCAGUCUCAAAAUCUUGUUUGGUCAACAAAUUUGAGUUCUAGUUCUAGUUCUAGAACAAGUUCUGUUGUUGCUGUUCUUUUAGAUUCUGGUAAUCUUAUAUUAAGUAAUACGCCUAAUGCGUCGGUAUCAGAAGCUCUUUGGCAGAGUUUUGAUUUUCCGACGAAUACAUGGCUUCCUGGUGGUAAAAUAAAGCUUGAUAAAAUAACAAAGAAGCCUCAAUAUCUUACUGCAUGGAAAAACAGCGAUGAUCCGGCAACAGGUUUAUUUUCGCUUGAAUUAGACCCUAAUGGAACCAAUUCGUAUUUGAUUCUUUGGAAUAAAACCAAACAGUAUUGGACAAGUGGUCCUUGGAAUGGACAAAUAUUUAGUUUAGUUCCUGAAAUGAGGUCAAAUUAUAUCUACAAUUUUAACUAUGUGUCGAACACGACUGAGAGUUACUUCACGUAUUCUGUUUACGACAGUUCUUUGAUAUCUCGUUUCGUGAUGGAUGUCUCGGGGCAAAUCAAGCAAUUUACUUGGCUUGAAAGUACUCAGCAAUGGAAUUUGUUUUGGUCACAGCCAAGAGGACAGUGUCAGGUUUAUGCUUUCUGUGGUGCAUUUGGUAGCUGUAAUGAGAAUUCAAAACCAUCUUGCAAUUGUUUGAAUGGUUAUGUACCGAAGUCGCAAUCUGAUUGGGAUCUUGGUGAUUACUCACAUGGUUGUGUGAAAAGAAACAAAUUUCAAUGUGAGGUAACUUCCAAUCCUUCUAAUGGUGCUAAGGAUAGGUUCUCACCCAAAUCCAAUGUGGCUUUGCCUGAAGAUGCAAAACAAGUUGUGGAAGCUGGUUCAGUUGAUGAAUGUGAUUCAACUUGUUUGAGUAACUGUUCUUGCAAUGCAUAUGCUUAUAACAGUAGCGGAUGUUUCGUUUGGCGAGGAGAACUCUUCAAUCUGCAACAGCUUUCUCAAGAUGAUACUAAUGGACAGACUUUGUUUCUAAAACUUGCAGCAUCCGAGUUUUCUGAUUCGAAAAGCAAUAAAGGGACAACUAUUGGUAUUGUUGCUGGUGCUGUUGGUGGUAUAGCAGUUGUUCUUGUUCUUGUCCUAAUCGUCGUGAUUAGGCGAAGAAAAAGACUUGCUGGAGCAAGAACUACUGUGGAAGGUUCAUUGAUAGCAUUUGCAUACAGAGAUUUACAAACUGCUACGAAGAAUUUCUCGGACAAACUUGGAGGAGGUGGUUUUGGUUCUGUCUUCAAAGGAACAUUACCUGAUUCAAGUGUCAUAGCAGUGAAGAAACUCGAAAGCAUUAGCCAAGGCGAGAAGCAGUUUCGAACAGAAGUGAGUACUAUUGGAACUGUCCAACAUGUCAACCUUGUUAGGCUUCGUGGUUUCUGUUCCGAAGGCGACAAAAGGCUUCUGGUUUAUGAUUACAUGCCAAAUGGGUCUUUGGAUUCAAGUCUGUUUCAAGAAAAUGUGUUGGACUGGAAAGUAAGAUACCAAAUUGCUCUCGGAAUAGCUAGAGGAUUGACUUAUCUUCAUGAAAAGUGUAGAGACUGUAUCAUUCACUGUGACGUGAAGCCGGAAAACAUUCUCAUAGAUUCUGAUUUUUGUCCAAAGGUAGCAGACUUCGGGCUUGCAAAGCUUGUCGGAAGGGACUUCAGCAGAGUCCUCACUACAAUGAGAGGAACAAGAGGUUAUCUAGCUCCAGAAUGGAUUUCAGGAGUGGCUAUCACUGCUAAAGCCGAUGUAUACAGCUACGGAAUGAUGCUUUUUGAGCUCGUUUCAGGUAGACGGAACUCUGAUCCUUCUGAAAAUGGUCAAGUUAAAUUCUUUCCUACAUUGGCUGCAAACGUAGUACACCAAGGAGGGAAUGCGAUUAGCCUAUUGGACUCGAGAUUGGAUGGAGAUGCCGAUGCUGAAGAGAUCGCUAGAGUCAUAAAAAUAGCUUCAUGGUGUGUUCAAGAUGAUGAAGCUCAUAGGCCAUCCAUGGGUCAAGUAGUUCAAAUACUUGAAGGUGUUUUGGAUGUGACUUUGCCUCCAAUUCCUAGAUCACUUCAAGCUUUUAUUGAUGACCAUGAGGACAUUGUUUUCUUCACUGAUUCGAGCUCAACUCAUAACUCACAGGUAAAGAGCAAUGCUUCAACAGCCUCAUCUCAAGCCAAAAGCAACAUCUCAUCUGCUAGCACAUAGUCCUUAAGACAAAAUUAGCAGGAUACUUUUUAGUUGUUUCUCUCAAUUGUUUGUGUUACAAUAAGUUGUGCUAUAGUUUUGAUUUUGAGGUAUAUAAUUGUAAUGUAUGGUUUCUUUUGAUGAAUUAUUUCAAUGAUUGCUUGUAUAUAUAUAUUCAUCCUAAAUAAUGUCAAAUGAAAACUCAUUGUUUGCCUUGUA